UCUAUAAUUGUUUUGUUAGCCUUCGAUGUGACUAUAUUAUAUGAAUCGCAUUGUGAUGAGCCUGCCUUACUUCUACUGCCUUGCCGUUAUUUGAGUUCAACAGACAUGCUGCUUGAUUGUUUUAUUUAA